GGUUCUUUUGGGUGAUGGCUAAGGAGGCGAACCUAAGUCAGGAUGUUUUAGAAAAUGGAUUCUUAUUUGAAGAGAGCAUAAUCGCAUGGAUAAAAUUAUAGUAACCCGUCGAGUUGGGAUCUAAUUCGUUAUUUUCCUUGGAAACGUAUAUUUAUGGCGGCAAUUGGGGGUUGGCAGAUUCUUGCAUGGGCUUGAGUCUUGACACUGGAACGAUGACGUAUUAGGUAACCCUUUCGGUCCUUAUAAAGCACUAGCUGACUUCGACCAAAAAACAAAAAAAAGGUACUGGCUGACCAAAGUUCCACAGGAGUACAAAUGAGAGCCUCUUUUAAGGGCUCGCAAUCAGCCGAGUGAAAAAAAUAGGGAGCCUGGAAAACCAGGAGCGCGAACGAAGAGAUUCUGUUCAAAUACGGCGCUAAAUUUAAAUUAUGGAAUCCCUUUUGCUCGGAAAAUCUAACAGAAACAUGCCUCAGAUUCCGGACUCAUCCAGAGGUAGAAAACGCCUUCGCCAGGAAGAAGAAAAAGAAGAAGAAGAAGAGAUUAGAGCUGAAAGUAGCGAUGCAGAUCAGACCCUAUCACUUGAGGAAAGUCUCACAUUUAGUGAUACGUUGGUGGCGCUUCGCAUAAUUCGAGCUCAGUUUCCCAACAUUGACAAGGUCUCAAUUCGGCCUUUCAUUUUGCGUUCACAGUUGUAUAGCUGUGUGAAGGACAGAACCCAAGUAGAUAGAGAAUUAGAGUCGCUGAGGAGGGAUAAACAAUUGCGCAUUUUCAAACUAAACACCGGACAAGAUGAUCAUGCCAUAAUGUUUUUGGAUGACUACCUAAGCCAGAUGGAACGUGUCAUGAAAAGAAUGGAGGAAAAGAAGCAAGGUGAUCUUGAAGUUUUUGAUUGGUUUAGAAAUCAUGUUAUUGACGUCAAUCUGGAACCUAGUAUUGACCAUCAAGAGCUUUGCUUACUCUUAUCCCAUGGCGGAAAGGUGAAGGAUGAUCACAUCUCCCUUUUGAUCAAUGCUGGGCUUCUCACUCGCCAACUGAUUGAUCCAAACAUGUUCUGGUUUGCAGUUCCAAAUAUUGGUUCAGUACUCAAGGGCCUCUCUCAGGGGAGAAAGGAACUCCUUUCUCUUUUAAACCGGAGGAGAUAUAAAGAAAUCAUGUUGGCCCCUCUAGAGAAGAAGUGUCUUCGAUUUUCUCCCCUUGAUAUGAGAUUUCACCUUCGUGACCUGAUUGGUUCAGGUCACCUUAAAACUGUCAAUACACCGACUGGCUUAGUUGUUCGGGUUUCAAAGGAUUAGAACUCAUGACUCCCAGCCCCAAGUGGAUUAACGUAACUUGUUAACUCUCCAGUGUUGGUUGUCAAUUGUCAUUAGCAGGUUUAGUCGUCUUGUCUUUAGAUUCUUAUCUUUUUGGUUUACUUAUCAUGUGAAAAUAGCGUGAAUAAGAAUAUUAAGCAGGUUGACCACGAGACCAAAGAAAGGAGUAUGCAAUCACCGUGCAUUGGCACAAGUUAAUGCAAGAGAGAUUGAGAGAGUUCUUCUCUACCACGUCUGUACUUUCAGUCUUCUUUAUCUGUGGUGUUACUUUUUAAUCAUUAAUUGAAUCACUUUAAUUUAUUAGAAUAUUAAA